AUGCCUAAGAGGAAAAUCAGUGGUGCUGAUGAAGCGGAACCCACCAAAAAGCUCAAACAAACCACCCUCGUUGGUGUCUCUACCAAUGUUACCGACGGAGCCUGGCAUCAGAACAGUUCCUUGUUGACCUUCAAUCCUCCCGAGGCAAAGUCCUCGUCGAAAGUUCUUGCGCUGGAUCUGGACGGCACCAUCAUAGUGACGGCCUCGGGCAAGGUGUUUCCAAAGAAUACCCACGACUGGAAACUCUUCUCAAAGAAGGCGCCAGCGAUUCUUCAGCAGUAUGUCGAGGAUGGCUACUUGAUUGUCAUCGUCUCCAAUCAGGCCGGUCUGGAGAAGAAUUCGGCCAAGUUGAUUGGCGAGUUCAAGGCGAAGGUGGAGGCGGUGGUGGCGAGGCUGGGCGUGGCGGUGCGGGGCUACUUUGCCCUGAAAGACGACAUCAACCGGAAGCCUCGAACGGGCAUGUGGCAGGCCCUGCAAGCAGCCAACGACGGCGUUGAAAUCGACAAGGCAGCGUCCAUCUACUGUGGCGAUGCCGCGGGCAGGGAGGCGUUGGGGAAGGUGAGGAAGGAUCACUCCCACUGCGACCGUUUGUUUGCAGAGAACGUUGGAAUUCCGUUCAGAACGCCGGAGGAGUUUUGGGAGGAGCCAGAGGCGGACUGCCGCGACACCUACCCCCUGACCUUCGAUCCGCGGACGCUUCUGUCAUGUGCCACCAGCUUGCCGCCUCUCGCGAUUGGCACACCGACAACCCCCACUCUCGUUGUCAUGGUUGGAUUUCCUGCCUGUAAGGUCUUCUCUCUCCAAGUCGUGCAUAUUUCACAUCCGCUCGCGUUCGAGUCCCACCACUUUUCCAAAAACAGCGACGGUUCAAAGGCACCCUUACAAGUUCCUGACAGUGAUGUUCUGCUCUCGCUUUCAAAGCAGCCAUGGUUUGUCCUUCGCGCGUUCUACAGCCCCUUCUGUUUAAUUUCAGCUGGCAAGUCGACCUUCUGUAACAACCAUCUCCAGCCGCUGGGUUUUAAGAUCGUCAGCAGGGACGUCAUCAAGGAUAUGAAGAAGUGCGCCAAGGUCGCAGAGGAGCACCUCUCAAGGGGUUCGUCCGUAGUCAUAGAUAACACCAACGUGGACGCCGAAUCGCGAGCCCCCUUCGUCGGAAUGGCCAAGCGACUCGGUGUCGCCGUUUAUGCGUGUCUCAUGGCGACGAGUCUUGAACACUCACGCCACAACGAGAUGUUCCGGCAGCUCACCUCAGAGAAGCACACGAAGAUCAACUCCGUGGUAUUUAAUAUGAUGAAAGCGAAGUAUAAGGCGCCGACGAAAGAUGAGGGCUUCGCUGAGGUAAUGGAAAUUCCGUUUGUUCCUGAUCUUCCUGACAAACAUCGUGAAUUGUACUUUCAAUACCUGUUGGAAAAAUGA